AUGCACGAGUUAGCCCGACAACAGAUGGCGGACCGAGUCAGACAAGGAUCGCCGAAGUUUACACUAGGACAGAAGGUCUGGCUAGACUCGAGGAACCUGAAGGUCAAUUACGCCUCGCGCAAGAUAGCACCAAAGCGUGAGGGGCCAUUCGAAAUUGUCGAAGUCAUCGGACCAGCCAACUAUCGUCUCAAACUCCCGAAGACCUGGCGAGUUCAUUCCGUAUUCCACGCCGCCCUUCUAUCUCCUUAUCGCGAAAACGACAUACAUGGUCCGAAUUACGUGAACCCACCACCUGAUGUCGUUGAUAAUGAAGAAGAGUACAAAGUCGAAGCCAUCCUGAAUCACAAGACGUACCGAGGUCAUCUGAGGUACUUAGUCAAGUGA